AUGUGGUGUAGUUUUAUUUUUAUUCGGUGGUCUUGUUUUCUUUUUUUUUUUUUUUUUUUUUUUUUUUUUGGUGCUUUUCCUGGGAAGAAGGAGAUGGACACGGAGGACGGCGAGUUCAUGGUGUGCGGUAGCGGUGGCACCGUUGAGGACGCGCAGCUUGACGAUCUUGUUGGUGUCAUCGAGGACUUCAUGGCACACUUUGACCCUGAUGCCGUUUUUAGACAGUUGCCGCCCUUUUCAUCCGUAGCGAGCGAUCAUGAAAGGCAUCGGCUGUACAGGGAGGCGGUGCUGCAAACCGAAGCAGACUUGGACGCUUACGUGCUGGAGCAUUGCGGAUCUAUUGAGUCGCUGAAGGACGCGACAAGUCUCAUUUUGGACCGCAGCGACGAGAUUGCGGAGGAGGUGCGGGACUUUAUCAAUGAGGGCUGCUUCAACUACACAACUUUUGUAGAACUUUGGAAGCAAAACAAAAAAUGA